CGCAAACACUUGAACUUGGAAACUAAUAAAGGAUUGUAGUGCGGUGUAGUAGCUGCUGCAUAGAGUGGUGCUAGCUGCAGCUAGUCAUGGCCUCCUCCCUGUCAGUCCUGGUGAUCCUGUGCCUAGCGGCGUCGGCCUCGGCGCAACUGUCGCCGACAUUCUACUCUAGGUCGUGCCCCCGCGCCCUGGCCACCAUCAAGGCCGCCGUGACGGCCGCGGUGGCACGGGAGCCUCGCAUGGGGGCUUCCCUGCUCAGGCUCCACUUCCAUGACUGCUUUGUCCAAGGCUGUGACGCGUCGGUGUUGCUGAACGACACGGCCACCUUCACCGGCGAGCAGACUGCGUUCCCCAACGUGGGAUCGAUCCGAGGCUUCACCGUGGUCGACAACAUCAAGGCGCAAGUGGAGGCCGUGUGCCCACGUACCGUCUCCUGCGCCGACAUCCUCGCCGUCGCCGCCCGCGACUCCGUCGUCGCGUUAGGAGGGCCUUCAUGGAGGGUUCUUCUCGGGAGGAGGGACUCGACGACGGCGAGCUUAUCUCUGGCCAACAGCGACCUGCCGGCUCCGACCUUGGAUCUCGCCAAUCUCACCGCGGCUUUCGCCAGGAAGGGCCUUAGCAGAACCGACCUGGUUGCCCUCUCAGGAGCGCACACGAUUGGGCUGGCGCAGUGCCUGAAUUUCCGGGGUCACAUCUACAACGACACCAACGUGAACCCGGCCUUCGCGACGCUGCGCCGGGCCAACUGCCCCGCGGCGGCCGGCAACGGCGACGGCAACCUGGCGCCGCUGGACACCACGACGGCCACCGUGUUCGACAACGCCUACUACACCAACCUGCUGGCGCGGAGCGGGCUCCUGCACUCGGACCAGCAGCUGUUCAACGGCGGCGCCACGGACGGCCUGGUGCGCACCUACGCGUCCACCCCGACACGGUUCAACAGGGACUUUGGCGCGGCCAUGAUCAGGAUGGGGAACAUCAGCCCGCUCACCGGGUCGCAGGGCCAGAUCAGGCUCGCCUGCUCCAGGGUAAACUAGGACACACCCAUGCUGGAGCUCCCAUCCGACAGUGACCACGCAUGUGGGAGCAGUGUAAUAAGGCCGGUCGUUCGGCCACACAUGUCACUUGUGGUAGUGCUUCUGCUUGUACUGAUGGUCCAUGCGCAGGAUCGGAACAGCCCUUUCGUAAAUUGGUGAAACGACGACUGAGAAAGUGGCUUGUAGCCUACCCAUAUCAUGUACUCUGUCUGAAACUUGUGAGUGGGAGUGGCCCUCAUGCAAAUGCUUGUGGGACCCAUAGUUCUAUUGCCCAAUCAUGUUACAGUGUUGCAGUUUCAAAAUGUCAUGGUGCCAGUUUAAUUCA